AUGGGGAGCUCCAGAGCCAUCCUGCUCUGCCUUUUUGGGUUUGUGCUCUGCCUGACAGAGUCUCAAGCCCUGAAAUGCUACAGCUUUGAACACACCUACUCCAGCCCCUUUGACCUCAGCGGCAAAUCGCUGCCCACAGUCUCCUGUUCCAGCCGAUGCUUUGAGGCUGUCAGCUCCCUGAGCACAGGGUACCGCUCCUCCCUGACGCUGAUAAAGAAGGGCUGCUGGCCCGGCCCUGACACUGGCCAGAUGCUGGUGAACAGAGACUCGCUGCCCCCGGACUACUCCGUGGUGCGCGGCUGCACCACCGACCUGUGUAACCAGGACAUCAUGAGCCAUGACAGCCUCCCCAACCUCAGCCCGGCGCCUGACCCGCCGUUGCUCAGCGGCACCGAGUGCUACACGUGCGUGGGGGUCCUCCCAGAGGACUGCACUCCCGAGAAGUCCCGCAAAGUCCAAUGUCACCUGGACGAGAGCGUCUGCUUCCAGGGAAAUGGCCGAAUGACCAUCGCCAAUACCUCAGUCCCUGUGUACCUCAGAACCUGCCACCGGCCCUCCUGCACCAUCAGGGGCACCUCCAGCCCCUGGACCGACAUUGACCUGCAAGGAUCCUGCUGCAAAGGCAACUUGUGUAAUGACGAGUCGGUGCUGCAGGACUUCGCCUCUGCGGCCGCCCCACGCCGCACAACCCACUUUGUGGCCCUGCUUCUCCCACUGGCGCUGCUGGGCGGACCCCUCGGACUCUUCUCCUAG